GCCAAUCUUGAAGAAUCCAGAGAGGAGGACGGCUGGAGGGAUCAGUCAGUGUGCAGAAUGAUUCAGAUUUUGGAGCCACGUUCUCUGCCACGGUCCAUUAUGCCUGUUGAUGUUGCAGUAAGGAUAUGCUUAGCACACUCACCUCCUCUAAAGAAGUUUCUCAGCCCUUAUGACGACUACAGGGGCCGCAAUUUUGUCAACCGUUUUAAGCCACUCAGGCCAUGCAUUUCCUUAAAAAAGGAAUCCGAUUCCAGGAACGGCGAGUGGAACCGGUCGAAAUCCCGAGCCAAAAAGCAAGUUGUCUUUGCUGACUCCAAAGGGCUCUCGUUGACAGCGGUGCAUGUAUUCUCAGAGUUUAAGGAAGAGCCUGACACCGACAUCCAGUUUGAUCUGAUUAAUCUUGAAGGCAUCACAGCCAGCUUAAAACUACAUGAAGAGAAGAACCUGAUCCUGGGAUUCCCGCAGCCCUCAGCUGAUUACUUGUUGUUUCGGAAUAAAAUUCAAAAGAACUUCAUUUGUUUGGAGAACUGCAGUCUUCAGGAGAGAGCUAUUUCCGGAACCAUCAAAGUAAAGAAUCUGAGCUAUGAAAAAGAAGUCAAGGUGCGAGUGACCUUCAACACCUGGAAAAACCACACAGAAUUGAACUGCAUCUACAUGAACAAUGUGUAUGGGGGCACAGACUGUGACACCUUCUCUUUUGUCGUAGAUCUGCCCCCCAGCAUUCCCAGCCAUGAGAAAAUCGAGUUCUGCCUGUCAUACGAAUGCAAUGGCCAAGUGUUCUGGGAUAACAACGAAGGACAAAACUACUGUGUAGUUCGUGCAGAAUGGAAAUACGAUGGUGUGCAGAUCCAUUCGCUUACAAAAACAGACCUGUCAUCUUACAAAUUGCAAAAUUACAAACCUGAAAAUGACUUAGAUAAGUUUGGAACACCUAAAACAUCCAUGGGUCUCUAUCCCGAAUGGCAAAGUUGGGGUAAAAUAGGGAACACCUCACCUUACUGGUGAAAAUCCUUUGGCCAUUGUUCUUAAGUAUCAUAAGAAUCUUGAUGUCCUUGGGCACAAAGAGUUUAUAAUACGUAAAUGUUACAUGUUAUGUAAUGGCAUCAAGGCAAAACAUGAUUACGUUUUUCGAGCGUGAAAAUAAUUGAGGCAGCGAGCUUUUCCUCUUAAGCAAAUUGUUAAGUUCUAAAGCACCUACAAAUCUUGGAUAAGCCUGCAUUAGAAUAGAGAACACGUGUCUAUCAAGUACCAACUUAAUUGCUGCCAUUAAACAGCCUAUACAUAUAUAACAAAUCUAAGAGUAGCAUGUUUAAAGAGGUAGAGUUUUCUGAAAUGUAUAAAAGACACAAGUGGAUGGUGUUUAAGAAGGGAGAAUGGUAUGGGU